AUGGACGAGGCCUUCGCGCGCGCGGUGGAGGACGGGCUCAAGCUCACCAAGCGCCUCGUGCUGCCCAACGGGGGCGGGCUGCCCGCGCCGCGCCCGCACCUGGCGAUGGAGCGCGGGGACAACGACCCCGCCGCCGCCGCGCUGCUGCGGCAGCAGCUCAUGCCCGCGGCGCCCAUGGCGUACGCGGUCGUCGUCGACCCGGGCGCCGUCGACAGCCCCGACGUGCCCAGCUACCAGCCCCACGUGUACGGCCGCCUCGACCCGCCCGCGCUCAUCCCGCUCCAGAUGCGGGAGGUCGACCUCCGCGUCGACUGCGCCGCCGCGGCCGGGUGCGCCACCGCCGAGGUCGCCCUGCGCGCGCGCUGGUGGCUACACUGCAUCACGCGCAGCCGCGCGUGCCACUGCCGCAUCGUCGUGCCCAUGGGUCACCAGGGUUCAAUUCUACGCGCUGAGGUUACUGUUGGGAAAAGAUCAUACAAUACUCAUGUAAUUGAUAUAGAGGAUAACUGUGCAGUGAAGAUUGAAAUCCCCGAGAGUGGGGGUCUUUUAAAACAGGAACUAUUUUCCUUAACAAUACCACAGGUUGGAGGUGGAGAAGAUAUAUUUGCCACAAUCAGAUGGUCACAGAAGUUGCUAUAUGACAACAGACAGUUUUCUGUUGAAGUACCUUUUCGUUUCCCGCAGUAUGUGAACCCUUUGCCAAAGGUUUUCAUGAAAAAGGAGAAAAUACAGUUGACUGUGAAUAGUGGUGUUAGUAAAGAGGUUUUGUUGCAGGGAACAAGCCAUCCCUUGAAGGAAAAAAGUAGGCAAGGUGAGAAAUUGUCUUUCCUGCACGAAGCAGUUGUUGAGAAUUGGUCAACCAAAGAUUUUACCUUUGCAUAUACUGUUUAUUCUGGUGAUUUGUCUGGUGGAGUUCUCGUGCAGCCCUCAACAUUGCGUGACUAUGAUGACAGAGAUAUGUUCUGCCUUUUUCUUUUACCUGGAAAUAACGAGAAUAGAAAGGUCUUUAGAAAGGCUGUUGUUUAUAUCAUUGAUACAAGUGGAAGCAUGCAAGGAAAGCCUCUUGAGAGUGUUAAGAAUGCUAUGUCCACUACUCUCUCUGAUCUUAUGCAAGGAGAUUACUUCAACAUAAUAACAUUUAACGAUGAGCUUCACUCAUUCUCAUCACGUUUGGAGCAAGUAAAUGAAAGAACAAUCGGAAAUGCUAUUGAAUGGAUGAACCUAAACUUUGUCGCUCAGGGUGGCACUGACAUCAUGCAUCCUUUGAGUGAGGCAAUGGCUUUGCUGUCAAGUUCUCAUGAUGUCCUUCCACAAAUCUAUUUUGUUACUGAUGGGUCAGUUGAUGAUGAACGGAAUAUCUGCCAUACUUUGAAAACUCAGCUUAUUAAAAGUGGAUCUAAGUCUCCUCGAAUUUCUACUUUUGGGCUAGGUUCAUACUGCAACCAUUAUUUCUUGAGGAUGUUGGCAUCGAUUGGUAAGGGUCACUAUGGUGCUGCAUUUGAUACAGGAUCAAUUGAGAGUCAAAUGCUUCAAUGGUUCCAGAAAGCCUCAAGCACUAUAGUGUCAAAUGUUUCCAUUGAUGCCAUAAAGCAUAUUCAAGAUUUUGAAGUGGAUUCUGAAUAUAUUCCAGACAUUUCAGCAAAAUAUCCAUUGUGUGUUUCUGGAAGGUACAAUGGCAAGCUUCCGGAGACACUUAUCGCCAAGGGUCACUUGGCUGACAUGAGUGAAAUAUCUAUUGAAUUGAAAGUCCAACAUAUAAAGGAUAUACCUCUUGAUAAAGUAUUGGCAAAGCAACAGAUGGAUCUUCUCACAGCAAAAGCAUGGCUUAUGGAGAAUAAAGAGCUCGAGCGAAAGGUUGUGAAAUUAAGCAUACAAAAUAGCCUUCCUUCUGAGUACACACGCAUGGUACUACUUCAAACCAGCUUGGACAAAAUAGAUCCAGCACAACAGGCGAAGAAUAAACCAACGAAACAAAGCAGCCCAGAUGAGCUACCAGCGAUGCCGCUUGGUGGCCUAGCACUGGGAUUUGGUGAUGUUGCGGCAACAAGGCAGAACCUGACAACAGGAUUCGGAGACAUGAAAGCGCCGGAGAAGUUUGUGAUAUUCGAGAAGGCCGUUGGCUGCUGCAGCCGCGUGGCGGAUUGCUGUUGCUGCAUGUGCUUCAUCAAGGCGUGCAGCAAGAUGAACGACCAGUGCGCCAUUGUCAUGGCGCAGGCCUGCGCUGCCCUCGCGUGUCUGGGAUGCUUCGAGUGCUGCUCAGAGCUGUGCUGCGGCGGGCCGAACUGA